AUGAAGCAAGAGGAAGAUGCCAGCCCAGAGGCUGGCUUUUGUCUGGGUCCUGUCCUGCAGUCCUGGGGGCUGCAGUUGACGGAGCAGCGGUCACAGUCUACCAUGCUCGUGGGGAUUGUGAUUGGAGCCCUCCUGGCCCUCGCCCUUGUUGGCAUCACUGUCUUUUUUGUGUAUAGGAGAGUUAACCGAUUCCGACAGGUACAGCCCACUCCGCAGUACAGAUUCCGAAAGAGAGACAAAGUGAUGUUUUACGGCAGGAAGAUCAUGAGGAAGGUGACCACGCUGCCCCACACUCUUGUGGGGAGCACGGCUUUCCCCCGGCAGCGGGCAAGGAAGAGGACCAAAGUGCUGUCUUUGGCCAAGAGGAUUCUGCGUUUCAAGAAGGAAUACCCAACCCUGCAGCCAAAGGAGCCACCACCCUCCCUGCUGGAGGCGGAUCUCACAGAGUUUGACGUGAAGAAUUCUCACCUGCCAUCAGAAGUUUUGUACAUGCUGAAGAAUGUGAGGGUCCUGGGCCACUUUGAGAAGCCACUGUUCCUGGAACUUUGCAAACACAUGAUCUUUGUACAGCUGCUCGAAGGGGAACACGUCUUUCAGCCGGGGGAACCAGAUACCAGCAUCUAUGUAGUGCAGGAUGGGCGCCUGGAAGUCUGCAUCCAGGACGCGGAUGGCACCGAGGUGGCGGUCAAGGAGGUUCUGGCUGGAGACAGCGUCCACAGUCUCCUCAGCAUCCUGGAUGUCAUCACUGGCCACACUGCUCCAUACAAAACCGUGUCCGCCCGCGCGGCCGUCCCUUCCACCGUCCUCCGGCUCCCAGCAGUGGCUUUUCAAGGAGUUUUUGAGAAGUAUCCUGAAACCCUGGUGAGGGUAGUGCAGGAGAGCCAGGCCAUCCCCCUGGUGUCUGUGGCCAGCGUGGCUGCUGGCAAGGCCAAGAGGCAGGUGUGCUGUGGCUCUGAGGAUCGUCUUGAGAGGCCCCUCCGGCCGCAGGAGUCCUGCGAUCCAGAUCGAGGGGGCAGCCGUGCAGCAGCCCCUGGGCCUCUGCUGAAGAGGAGCCAGUCCUUCCCGCUGCCUUCUGUUCACGAAGAGAUCCUGGAUGAGCUCGGCAAGGCCCAGGCAGGUGACCAGGCCCCUUUUGCUCCACCAGGGGGCACAGCAGGUGCAACCUCAGACCUGAGGAUGGCAUGUGACCGUGCCAGGGUCCUUCUCCAUGCAGAGGAACGCCUUGGGAGCUCUGUGGCCAGCAAGUCCAAGAAGAACGUGAUUGUUGCAGACACUCCCUCUGCGGUCUUCCACUACUCAGAGACUAACUUAGAUGAGACUGUCUCCAGCAGGAAGACAGAUGCUAUCUUCAGAGCCGCCAAGAAGGACCUGCUCACCCUGAUGAAGCUGGAUGACACCUCACUCUUGGAUGGCCGGGUGACGCUUCUCCAUGUUCCGGGAGGCACGGUGGUGUCGAGGCAGGGAGACCAGGACGUGAACAUCCUCUUUGUGGUCUCGGGGCUGCUGCAUGUGUACCAGCGGAAGAUCGACAGUGAGGAGGACACCUGCCUAUUCGUGGUGCGCCCGGGGGAGAUGGUGGGCCAGCUGGCAGUGCUCACGGGAGAGCCCCUCAUCUUCACCAUCAAGGCCAACAGGGACUGCAGCUUUCUCUCCAUCUCCAAGGCCCACUUCUACGAAAUCAUGCGGAAGCAGCCAACGGUGGUCCUGGGCGUGGCGCACACCGUCGUCAAGCGGGUGUCGUCCUUCGUGCGGCAGAUCGACUUUGCGCUGGACUGGAUGGAGGUGGAGGCCGGGCGCGCAGUGUACAGGCAGGGAGACAGGUCAGACUGCACCUACAUCGUCCUCAGUGGCCGGCUACGCUCUGUGAUCCGCAAGGAUGAUGGCAAAAAGCGCCUGGCGGGGGAGUAUGGCCGCGGAGACCUCAUCGGUGUGGUGGAGACGCUCACCCAUCAGGCCAGGGCGACCACGGUGCAUGCCGUUCGGGACUCAGAGCUGGCCAAGCUUCCGGCAGGAGCCCUGACAUCCAUCAAGCGCAGGUACCCGCAGGUUGUGACUCGGCUGAUUCAUCUCUUGGGUGAGAAGAUUCUGGGCAGCCUCCAACAGGGAACUGCUUCUGGUCACCAGUUUGGGCUACACACUGCAGGCAGCAAGUGGGACUCGGGGAACCCUGCCAGCAACCUCUCCACGGUGGCGGUCAUGCCUGUGUCGGAGGAUGUGCCCCUCACCGCCUUUGCCCUGGAGCUCAAGCACGCCCUCGGUGCCAUCGGCCCUGUCCUCCUGCUGACCAGUGACAACAUCAAACAGCGCCUUGGCUCUGCUGCCCUGGACAGUAUCCACGAGUACCGGCUGUCCAGCUGGCUGGGGCAGCAGGAGGACAUCCACCGCAUCGUGCUCUACCAGGCGGACAGCACGCUCACACCGUGGACCCAGCGCUGCAUCCGGCAAGCCGACUGCAUCCUCAUCGUGGGCCUGGGAGAGCAGGAGCCCGCUGUGGGCGAGCUGGAGCGGAUGCUGGAGAGCACGGCCGUACGAGCCCAGAAGCAGCUGGUCCUGCUGCACCGGGAGGAAGGGCCGGCACCCUCCCGCACCGUGGAGUGGCUGAACAUGCGCAGCUGGUGCUCCGGCCACCUGCACCUGUGCUGCCCGCGCCGCGUCUUCUCCAGGAGAAGCCUGCCCAAGCUGGUGGAGAUGUACGAGCGAGUCUUCCAGAGGCCCCCAGAUCGGCACUCGGACUUCUCCCGCCUGGCUCGGGUGCUGACUGGCAACGCCAUCGCCCUGGUGCUUGGGGGCGGAGGAGCAAGAGGCUGUGCCCAGGUUGGCAUCAUCCGGGCCCUGACGGAGUGUGGCAUCCCUGUGGACAUGGUUGGAGGGACGUCCAUCGGGGCCUUCAUGGGCGCCCUAUACUCCGAGGAACGGAACUACAGCCAGAUACGGAUCCGGGCCAAGCAGUGGGCUGAGGACAUGACUUCGAUGGUGAAGACUGUGCUGGACCUGACCUACCCCAUCACCUCCAUGUUCUCGGGGGCCGGCUUUAAUAGCAGCAUCUGUAGCGUCUUCAAGGACCGGCAGAUCGAGGACCUAUGGAUCCCCUACUUUACCAUCACCACAGACAUCACAGCCUCUGCUAUGCGGGUCCACACGGACGGCUCCCUGUGGAGGUACGUGCGUGCCAGCAUGUCUCUGUCAGGCUACCUGCCUCCCCUCUGCGACCCCAAAGACGGACACCUGCUGAUGGACGGGGGCUACAUCAACAACCUCCCAGCGGAUGUGGCCAGGUCUAUGGGGGCAAAGGUGGUGAUUGCCAUUGAUGUGGGCAGCCAGGAUGAGACGGACCUCACCAACUAUGGCGACGCGCUGUCUGGGUGGUGGCUGCUGUGGAAGCGCUGGAACCCCUUGGCCACAAAAGUCAAGGUGUUGAACAUGGCGGAGAUCCAGACACGCCUGGCCUAUGUGUGCUGCGUCCGGCAGCUGGAGAUGGUGAAGAACAGUGAGUACUGUGAGUACCUGCGCCCUCCCAUCGACAGCUACGGUACUCUGGACUUUGGCAAGUUCAACGAGAUUUGCGAAGUGGGGUAUCAGCACGGGCGGACAGUGUUUGACAUCUGGGGUCGAAGUGGUGUGCUGGAAAAGAUGCUACAGGACCGGCAGGGAACGAGCAAGAUGAAGGCGUGUGAUGUCCUCACCUGCCCCAAUGCCUCCUUCACGGACCUUGCUGAGAUUGUGUCACGCAUUGAGCCUGCCAAAGUAGCCACGGUGGACGACGAGUCUGACUACCAGACGGAGUAUGAGGAGGAGCUGCCAGAUGGCUCCAAGGACACGUAUGCUGACUUCCAGAGCGCCCCGGCCCACUUGGGCUCCGACUCGGAGGACGAACCCUCACUUCGGCAUCGGUACCCCAGUCUGGCUUCCCCAAACUGUCCUGCUGUUGACAUGCUGACGAAGAUGGGUGGAGCCCCUCACUCUGAUGCGCCCUAG